CACACACACACACACCCACCCCUCCUUGCCAUGCACCACCAGUCCGUUUGUCUUCCUCUACUCAUAAAAUCAAGCUUUCUCCUUCUCCGGUCACCAGCCUAGUCUUCGGCAUAAAACAGAAUUCCGUAUCUUUCCGGGUGAUUUGUGAACGUUGAUGCAGCUUUCUGGCGGAGGGGAGCGGCGCCAAAUGUGCGUAUGAAAAGGUGAGGAUGCUGUCUGAAUUCACACAGGAGGAAGGCAAUAUACGACGGUCUCCUGUUACUUGUGAAAGUAUGUUUAAGAAAAAAUUACUGGACGACUAUAGAGAAAAGGGAAGUAAGAGAAGGUGUAUGUUGUCCCUACCACUACCAUGAGUUGGAGUUUCCUGACUCGCCUGCUGGAAGAAAUCCACAACCACUCAACAUUUGUGGGCAAGAUCUGGCUCACUGUCCUCAUUGUUUUCCGCAUUGUGCUGACAGCCGUAGGAGGGGAGUCCAUCUACUAUGAUGAACAGAGCAAGUUUGUCUGCAACUCGGGCCAGCCGGGCUGUGAGAACGUCUGCUACGACGCCUUCGCUCCACUCUCACACGUCCGCUUCUGGGUUUUCCAAAUCAUCCUGGUGGCCACGCCUUCACUCAUGUACCUGGGCUACGCUGUCAACAAAAUUGCUCGGGCAGAGGAGCAGGCAGACAGCGGUGGAGCGAGGGGAUUUUCGCGGAGGAAACCCAAGAAGACCUAUCUUGCAGGCCGAAAGCAGCAUAGGGGCAUUGAAGAGGCCGAGGAUGACCAAGAGGAAGACCCGAUGAUCUAUGAAAUGGCAGAGGCGGAGAGUGAUGGUGGUGGAGCAACAGCAACGAAAGGAAACAGUGGUGAGGGACAAGCAAAGGUCAAGGUGCGCCAUGAUGGGCGUCAACGUAUCAAAGAGGAUGGACUGAUGCGUAUUUAUGUCCUGCAGCUCUUGACCCGCUCCUUGCUGGAGGUGGCUUUCUUGUGUGGACAGUAUGCCCUGUAUGGAUUUGCUGUGCCUCCCACCUACGUGUGCUCAGACCUGCCCUGCCCUCACAGUGUGGACUGCUUUGUAUCACGGCCCACUGAAAAAACUAUCUUCCUUCUCAUCAUGUACACAGUCUCCCUGCUCUGUCUGGCACUCAAUAUAUGGGAGAUGCUUCACCUGGGCAUAGGUACCAUCUGUGAGAUCGUACGCUCCCGCCGGGUGCAGCUCCCUGACAAUGAGCUGUACGGGCUGACACUGGCACAAGGAGCGCUUAAUGAGGCGGGAUUGAGUGGAGAGGAUUACAGCAGCUACCCUUUUUCUUGGAAUGCACCGUCAGCUCCACCUGGAUACAACGUCGCCAUCAAGCCUCUUCUGGUAUCGACAGGGCACCACAACCAGCCACUACCCAUCACUGAUCUCACUAAUGCAAAGCUGGCAUGCCGGCAGAACCACGUGAACAUUGCCAAAGAGGAGCGUCAGCAGUACACCAUUAAUGAUGAAAACCCCUGCAGAGCAGGGAUGGGAGAUGCCCCCAGAGGUGGUCAUAAGGACAUUCGUCAUCCUCAGAACAAGCUGGAGGCUGACAAUCCGGCCUACAGACAGCCACAGAGCCACAGUAAUAACCACAGCAAGCCUCACCGUGAACGUAAACACCGGCAGGCCUCCAAACUCACCUCAAGCAAGGCAGACGCGGACAGAGGCAGCAGCACUAGUAGUAGCGGCAAAUAUGGAGUCAUAAAUGGUUCAGAGUGGAUCUGAAAUACAGACCGUGACUUAUGUUUUUGUUAUUUUUAAACAAUGCAAAGCCUUCUCAGACCAACACAGUAUUUAUGUGUGUGAGUCCACACUGUUUAUAACACGGCACCCAGUUUACAUUCUUUUCAAUAGUAUUCAUACCAGAGUCAGUAUAGUGUAUUAGUAUUCAGGUUAAAGUAGCCUUAAAGGUCCCAUGGCAUGAUUUUAACAUUAAUAUGCAUUCCCCCAGCCUGCCUAUGGUCCCCCAGUGGCU